AUGGACCGAUCGACGCCGGAUCAUAACACCUCCUCUUCUCACAAGCGUCUAAGUGUCAGCUUUCUCGUCUCUCUAAUGGUUCUAUGUGCCAAGCAAGCGAACCGGCUCUCAAAGAAGCUAAAGCUAAAGUCGAAAAAGAGAACUCAAAACGAAAACUCCGGCGGCAGAGAAAGAUUCCAUCGGCCUAAAGAGUUGCUCACGGCUUUGAGCAACAAGGCGAUGAUGAUGGUCGGCCGGAAAGACACCGGAUACGGCGGAGGGUUUAAGCGUGAGAAGAAAAAGACGGCGGCGAUGGAGGAGGAGCACGGCGUUUGGCAGAGAGAGAUUUUGAUGGGAGGCAAAUGUGAGCCGUUGGAUUUCUCGGGUGUGAUUUAUUACGACUGCAACGGACGGCAGUUAAGAGAGGGGCCUCCGAGGUCUCCACGUGGCACUCCGUUACCCAACUAUCCGACCCGUUCUUAA